AUGGAGGCCUCAUCAACCCCCUUGGCCGACUACUUCUGGAUCGCCGGCGUAGAAUCCAUACGCUACGACGACCAGCUGCCGCAGCCCGCCUCUCUGCCUGUCGAGUCCACCAUUACAGAGGAUGGCGAGCCUCAAGAAGUGGCUGCCAAUGGGCAACCAAAGACAGCCGCGGCACGUCACUCGCGGCAGAACUCGGCCAACCGCCUCUCUAGAAUAUCCAGCGACGGGCGCUUCUCUAUUCACACGCUGGACGAGACAGACGGCAACACCAGGAGCAACCGCAGCAGUGCCACGAUCAAGGCAGUCAAGGUGCCCGGGCCUAACGGCAGCGCAGCAAACGGCGGCGCCACUGAAGGCUUACCGCCUGGGCUGCUCAUGGGGGAGUUUGACUUUGACAAGGCCCUGUUCAAGUUCGCUGCCGAGCGGGAGAACUUCUUGGAGGACCUCUCUUUUACCGCAGGCGCAAAGACCCAAGCGCGCCCUCCCAUGGUCAAUCCCCGAGCCGAACGAAUUCGUGCAGAGGAAAGCAUCCCCAGCGGCAGAGUCAGCCCCCUGAAGAGCAUCAAGGGCAGCAUCCGUCGCAAGAUAAGUUUUAGGGACAUGAACAGCAUGCGCAAGCCGCCCAGCUCUGCAAGACCAGGGGCUUCCAGCAGAGCAGCGUCGGUUCGCACUGCCAAGAGGCUCAGUAACUACAACUCAGUUAUUCCUCCGCCGGAGCCCCUCAACACCGAUCCGGACAUGCACCCACUCAAGCGCAGGUUUGAGCCGGUACUCCUCGACCGUUACCCGCCGAAGACGGCCACCGAUGAGAUUCCCAGACGUGGCAAGUUUCCGGACUACGUGCCCAUGUUCGCGUUUCCCAACGACAUUCAGAUCGUCUCGUCAGAUGACCGGCCGCGGUCAACGUGGCAUGGCUUCACAAUGACGUCGGAAGACAACUCGAAGCUCUACGGCAUCACGAUCAUCAUCUGGACUGCGUUGACGGCGGACGUUGCCGAGGACGUGGAGACUAAGUGUGAGCAGUGGCGACAGAACCACAUGUCCAACGAGGAGCGAGAGCUGGCGGCGAGCCUGGGCAUCCGCUUGGCUGGGGAGCGGUCGCACCUCUCCCACCUUCUCUCCAAGCUGCCCACCAUCCCGUCCGGAUCACCGGCCAGAGACAGGCUGGAGGACGAGAUCAGCACCGUGGAGGAGAAGAUCUCCUUGAUGACUGACAUGCUGAGGCCGCUAAGGCACGGCGCAGCAUCGAAAAUUGAGGGCCUCACAGCAGGCGAAAGCGGGCUGUGGGCUCCUCGUGCAUACGGCAUUCUGGGACGCGAUCCUGCCAAUAUGGGAUUCUGGAAAGAGUGGCUCAAGGCCAUCCUCGUCCCGAUGACUGAUGGCAGUGUCCUUAGGGUCCUGCCCAGCUCCCCCAAGAUCGGACGAUGGCAGCCCUUGGAGCGUUACGUUGUCAACAUGUGUACCGAGGCGUUCACUCCGCUGGGGUCCAAGACGCAGGUCGAGCUCGGCGUGAGGGACCUGAGGAUGUAUUCGCGGAGAGAAGCUAGCAACGAGCUUCCCGGAUCCCGGACCAUCGACCUCUACGCCCUCUUCAGAUGUCUCUCACUCGAAAACGUCGUCGCCCUUUUCGAGUACGCCAUGUCUGAAUCCCGCAUCAUCUUCCUUUCAUCCCACACAAGCAUGCUACACCUAGCUUGCCAUGCUCUGGCCAGCCUUCUCUACCCUUUCAAGUGGGCCAGCAUCUUCAUUCCCGUCUUGCCGGCGCGUCUCAUCUCGGCCUUGGAGGCUCCCUGCCCCUAUAUCGUCGGUGUUGAGCGCCGAUAUGAGCGGAUAGAUCUACCAGACGAUGACUACGUCCUUGUCGACCUGGAUAGGGACACGAUUGACGCUACGUCGCAGCCACACCGGCUACCGAGGCAACAUCGCCGAAAACUCAUGUCCCUUCUGCAGGUUGCCGCACCCCACACACUGCGAUACGGGGUCACCGUUGGACCGCCUCCAUACGCGAUCGAAUCGUUCCCCUACGAUGCAUUCUCCUCUGAAAACGGCUCCGUCUUCACCUCGACGCCUCCCCGCACGACGCUGGGCAAAUGGGUCACGCAGAACUCAUCCAGCUUUGCCGAGCCUGACCCCCCAACCGACAUCCAUCCACCCGUCUUCAACGCAUUUACCGUGUCGUCAGUCGAUACUGGCAAAGCGGACAGGCCCGGUACUAGCAAGUCCAGCAGGACGAGCCCGCAAUCGUCGGUUUCCCCUGUGUCCGCACACUUCCCACCAAUGCCUACGACGCCACUUUCACGAAGCGACUCCGGCUUCGCUCUCACAGCGACCCUUCGCGAGAAGCGGUCGGGUCAUUUCGGUGAGGAAAAGGGGCGCCGCAGCUCGUCGUUUGGCCUCGACAAGUUUCAUCCGGCCAAUCGACCGGCAUUGCCUUUCCUGAACGGCCAUCAACCCAACGCCUCCAUCUCGGGCCUAUCCGUCGACACCACAUCAUCCUUUGGUGCCGGCUAUGCGCCGUCUGCCUACGCUCAGUCGACGUUGGCUGCCUCAACCAUCAUGCCCAACAUGCAGAUCCAGCCCGUGCAAAACACGGAGACGACGGUCUGGGUCGAAGGCCACUGCUUCAGCCUCGAUGCAAGGGACGCGUCAUCUUCGUGCACCAUUUGCGACGAGAAGCCUGAGGGCGACGGCAUGUAUCAGUGCAAUUCGUGCAAGACCUGGGCCCACGGCAGGUGCUUGGGACAGGUCUCGCUCGUUUGCCCAGAGGCCUUCCACGCCGAUCGCGUCAGGGCGGCCUUUGUGCGGUGCAUGGCCAGCCUGCUCUACACGUACCGCAAGUACCUUGGCAAGCCUUCCAGGCAGCAGAAAAACAACGGCCAGUUGUACGCCUUCGACAUGGAUGGCUUCAUCAAGAGCUUGCCCUAUGAUCAGCAAGAGUAUACCACCAUGCUUCGAGACACGCAAGGAUUCAACGAGUUCAUUCAUCACCGCGAGAUGAAGCCUGCGUCAGAGGCGUCAGUGCGCCUCUUCGAUGAAAUUAUUAUGGCCAAAAAGGCCCGUGGUCGAACGGGCCUGUCGUCUGGCCUGUCGCGCCUCUCGACUAUCCGAGCGUCUCAUGGCGCAUCGGCCAACACCUGGGGCCUUGGAGCCUCCUCUCGGACUCCCGCCGGCAAGGCUCCUACGUUCUUGACCGACACAUCGGACCACAUUUGGCGCACGGCAUCAGUGCCCCUGCCCAAAGGCAAUUUCCCGGGGGAGUACCGCUCCGUCGUCACCCGCAUUCCAUCUCGCCUCGACCGCACGCUCAUGCGCGAGCCGAGAGCCAUUCAGGGCGUUCCGCGCAUGGAGCAGCGCGGCGCAAGAGGGCUGGUCCGGAAACAGGUUCCCAGCAUGCUCGGGACGACACCACCCACGUGA